CGAAAACUAUCGGUUAGUAGUUUUGCGAGAUCGGUAGGUAGUCCUCCCGUGUACCUAUCUUUCCUACCUAGAAAACGUGAUGCCCUGGACCCCUCUGCUCCGUCCUACAUCCACUAGCCCUACCGGAUUAUAGACUUCGCUUUCUAAAUACUAGCUCCCUCUUGGGGCAGUGACUCAAAUGAAAAUCGAUAGAAAGAAAUCAAUAAACAUCUUUUGCAAAAAUUAAUACUAUCUGCCCAUCCACUACUAGUACCCAUCGCGAGACAAGCAAAAAAACACUGGACGAUUCUAAGCAAUGUCACUUUGAUACCUAGACUAAACACGGGCACUUUGUUGCCAAGAAUCCGAAAAGAUGGCGGAAUUUGCUAAGGAUAGUUUCGAUGUGCCUUCGUGUGCUAAACAGCCAGAAGGGCUUAAGAAAAGCGCACCGAAAUGGGGAUUCGGCACAUCAAAGAGAUCACAGGCUCAGAAGGUAGCUCGAGGAUGAGUUUGUUUGCGUUGGUUCUCUAUGUAAAAAUGCAUUGACUUGCAGAUUCUGGAGAGUAGUUAGAAGAAUGGACUUCAAUAUAAAUUUUAUAGUUUUUUUUUUUGCUUGUUCGUCUUCACUACCUCAAUACGCAGUCAGUCAGGGAGCAGCAAUCGCACGGUUCAAUCUCCUUUACGCACCUCAGGUCUACAUCUCCAAGUCGCAUUCAGCUGAUGUUUUAGGAAUGGACUCCCCUGGUCCCCUGUACGAGUACAGUAAAGACAGUACGAAAUGCUAUGCUUUCGGAAGAGCACCCAGACCCGGUCUCAAUGCAGAUUAAGGCUUGGGAGUUGACAUCUCUAUGCGCGUCUCUAUGGCUAUCUCAAGUAGGAAAGCCAUAGAAAUGCGAGCUAGAGAUGCCAACUUUCAACCUCUAAGCAGACUCGGCUUCCUAUCCGCCAACUUCGAACGACUUGCUGCAGAUUCAUCAACCAUUGCCAGACGAAUACAAGCAUUGCAAAGCUGCAAGAACAAAGUUUGGAACAAGUUUGAGGGCGGCGGCAGUACUAGAGUUUCUGAGCUGUUCAAUUUGAAGCGAUUUUCCCCGUCUCUCUGAGGUAUGCUGCAAAUCUUGAUUGGCUUCUCCCUUUCUAUAAGGUUGAGGCUUAGGUCCAGCGGCGCUCAAAGCACUAAAUAAAGCAACCGGUUAGUUUUUACCUCUAGAGAUCUAGCCCUUUCAACAAUUUGCAGGGGUCGUGUGAGCUGUUCAAUUUGAAGCAUUCCUUUACAGGAUCACUCAUAUAUCUAAAAAACAAAGCACUAAUGUAACUAGGGUUCUUCCUCUUCUUGUUCGAGAAUGGUAUUGUACUGUACGUAAAGCAAGAUGAAAUUAUACCAAAUGUCUCAAACAAUCAACAGGUCAAUGCUCCCGGUCUUGAAGGCUACGGCCCUGGUGGGAUAUCACCGGGUCCUGCGCAUUAUACAUCGAACUUUGGCUCAGCAAAUAAGAUGCCACCAUCUUACACGAUGUCGGCGAAAGUGAAAAUUAAGGGUUUCCAGACUGCAUCCUGCACUAAUAUCCUUCCUUCUUUUUUUCCCGCUAAGAAAGAAGUCAGGGAUGUUCUGAAGAAUGCAAUGGCGGAACCUCUAAGAAACCAGGGGCCAGUAAAUACGAAGUGAGGCCAGGACCACAGGCCUAUAUGCUACCAGGAGGAUUAGGAGCACAGCCAAACGCUAGGAAGCCGUCGUUGCCCAAUUUCAGCUUCGGUAAGGCACCGAGGUUUAAGACGAGGCAAGAAGCAGUAUCUAUGGCACCACCAGGAGGGGAUCACGAUGGACAAUUGAGAUUGAAGUUUCAGAGGUACUUCGAUUUAGAUUCCAUUUUCGAUCCUCAAUGUGAGAUGAAUGCUUCUUCCGUGUUUGUUUGCUCUUCUAACUAGAAGGUACACGAAGGCUAAUAAGACCUCUUUACUACUCGCAAAAAGUAGAACACAGAGGUGCCAUGACAUGACAUUUCUUGUACUUUUUUUCAAGUUCUUCUUUCACAAUGAUCUUUCCUCCAGGUGUGCCAACCGCGCUGCCACAUGGAAACUUGGUACUUCAACACGCGAUCAACAGAGGAGACUUGCACCGGCGCUCUUACCUGAGGAUACGAUCACUAAGAAAGGUCCAGGAGGGCUCAAGGUGCCUGAUGCUCUUAUCCCUCCUCGAAAGCAUGUGCUGAAGUAUACGGAGAUUUGAGCUCCUCAGCAGCUAGGUGCUAGGUGAGGCUCAAUCUCCCUCUGAACUAAGCGGAACUUGUACUUCUUACUUAGCAGGAAAAUUAAAUACUAGAAACAACUAAUCAAUCUAGAAAUGAACUGUCUGAACACUAAGAAUCAACUGUCUGAACAAGGAACAUUCUUCGCAACUGUUAUUCUAAAAAGGCAACUUACACUUACUCGCAAGAUGGAGUAGUUGAACUCUUAUCUAGAAUUUUUGGUCUCUCUGAAGGUUCUUUGUACUGUGGUGUGUAUCAAUCCUUGUAUUUACCUCAUAGAUAUUUCCCCAUGAUGAAUCGAUUUGGAAAAAACGACCCUAGUACCACACUUCCGAAAUGUAGUGAUGACGCGAUAUUAACCUUGAAUGCUAGAAGAGACAAACAUAACCACCCAAAAACAAAGUCACCUAGCUUCCCCUUAACGCUAGAGUCCUCG